AUGCCUACCAACCUAAAGCUAAGUAAGGAUGAAUCUGGGAAAGAGGUAAAUGAAACAUUGUAUAGAAGCAUGAUUGGUAGCCUCUUGUACCUCACUGCUAGUAGACUAGACAUAGCUUUUAGUGUUGGAGUGUGUGCUAGGUAUCAAGCAUGUCCUAAGGAAUCUCAUCUUAUAGCUCUUAAGUAUAUCAUUAGGUACAUUGCUGGUACUUUAGAGUUGGGUCUUUGGUAUGCAUUUGACACUUAUUCUGAUGUAGCUUGCUACACUGAUGCCGAUUGGGCUGGAAAUGUGGAUGAUAGGAAAAACACUUCAGGUGGUUGUUUCUAUAUUGGAAAUUGUUUGGUUGCUUGGAUGAGUAAGAAGCAAAACUUUGUUUCGCUUUCCACAGCUAAAGCGGAAUACAUUGUUGCCGCUGCAGAAUCUGAACCAAGCCAUUUUGAAAACCAGCCACUGCCGGUUUCGGGUUUAUCCAAGCGUGCUGCUUCAUUUCUGAUGCCAAAUUUCAGAUUCCUUCUACACGUUGACAGACCAAUAUGUUAUCCUUACCAAGAAGCUGAUAUUCGAUAG